UCAUACAAAAAAGAAAUGAAAAAAACACGUCGGUACCGUUCCUCACGAACCGGGUCACGCCUCAUCCUCACGUAUAUAAAACCAUCGCCGGCCAUCCGAUCGCACCUCAAUAUUGAAAUGAAGUGUUUGACGUUCGUUUGUCUGCUUUUGGCGGUCGGCCGGGGGCGGGCGAGGCCGGAAGCUCCGUCCUCGAACGCGACGGACGCGGCGGAAGAUCAGGGUGAAGUUCAAGGGCGGGUUUUGUACAACGGGAGCCAACUGUGGAAGACGUUCGAUAUCACCAAGGAGAAAAUUUCGGUUCUGGCGGAGCUGAGAGACGAAAAGGAUAUUUCCAUGUGGGGCGGCAACACCACCUCGAUCGAUAUUUUGGUAAAGGCGGAUUCCGUAGAUAAGGUGAAGGAAAGGUUAACUGAAAAUAACAUCCAGUUUGAAGUGGUCAUUGAUGAUCUGCAAAGGGCCAUCGAUGAAGAAAAUCCGACUGAUUUGGAGCUUGAUGAUCGCAGAGGUCACAGACUCACUUGGCAAGCCUACCACCGACUGCCUGACAUCCACGGCUAUCUAGACUAUCUAGCCCAAACGUAUCCACAACUGUGUACCGUCCAAACCAUCGGUCAGUCCGUCCAAGGGAAAGCCAUCAAGCUUUUGCGCAUAUCGAACGGAAAUCCGGGGAAUAAAGCCGUUUGGGUUGAUGGAGGCAUACACGCCAGGGAGUGGAUUUCUCCAGCGACAGUCACCUUCAUCAUCAACCAGUUUGUCUCAAACUUCGAAAAUGAACCAGCGGCCGUUCGAAAUAUCGACUGGUACAUCACGCCAGUUUUGAACCCCGAUGGUUACGAGUACUCACACACUACGGAUAGGUUGUGGAGGAAAAACAGGGGCCGUGGGGGUAUCGGUGGAACCUGCGCUGGUGUCGACCUUAACAGAAACUUUGGCUACAAGUGGGGUGGAAGAGGUGCCUCUAGAAACCCAUGCACAGAAACCUAUGGAGGCAGUGGUCCUUUCUCUGAACCCGAAACUUCAGCGGUGAGGAACUUCAUCCAGAGCAACUCAGGCGCCAACUGGAAAGCUUAUGUUUCUUUCCAUUCAUACGGACAGUACAUAUUGUACCCGUGGGGGUACGACCGAGUCGUUCCGCCAGAUUACAAAGACUUGGAAAAUGUAGCCAGACGGAUAGCAUCGGCUAUUCAAAGAGCUGGAGGUCCACAUUACACAAUUGGACCUGCCGCCAACACUCUCUAUCCGGCUUCAGGAGGUUCGGAUGACUGGGCCAAAGGCAUGGCGAAGUUCAAGUAUUCCUACACGAUUGAACUGAGAGAUAAUGGGCGAUACGGUUUCGUUUUACCUGCGGCUUAUAUUCAACCGACUGGUACUGAAGCCUUGGAAGCUAUCAGGGUCGUUGCGGAAGCUGCUUCUGCUGCGUAAUCUUAUUUAUGUAUGUUUUUAUACGUAGUUAUGCAAUAUUUAAGGUCAUUGAUCUUAUUCAUACAGAUGUACUGUGAUCGUUCUAAUACAUAAUAAACUUAUUAAUAUACAAUAUAAAAGA